CCCACCCCCGGAAGACGUCCUAAUCUGACGCUGAACCUGAACGAGUCCUCGUCGGGAUGUAAACAUGGUGAUAGGCAGAUGAGAGAAACGCCACAAUGGUCUUCGAAAGCGUGGUUGUAGAUGUCCUCAACCGAUUUUUAGGGGACUACGUUGUCAACCUUGACAGCUCGCAGCUAAAGCUCGGCAUAUGGGGAGGUGAUGCUGUGCUUAAUAAUCUUGAAAUAAAGGAAAAUGCCUUGAGCCAACUUGAUAUUCCUUUUAAAGUGAAGGCUGGUCAUAUAGGGCGUCUCCAACUGAAGAUACCAUGGAAGAACCUAUACACACAAUCCGUGGAGGCCACGUUGGAUGGUGUCUACCUGCUUAUAGUUCCCACAGCAAGCAUAAAGUAUGAUGCAGAAAAGGAGGAGAAGCAGUUUCAGGAGGCUCGCCAGAGGGAACUACAGCGGAUAGAGCAGACAAAGCUGAAGGCUGCUGAGCAAGAGAAUCCCAAGCUUGAGAAACAGGACACUUUUACGGAAAAACUUGUCACUCAGGUCAUUAAAAACCUCCAAGUCAAGAUCUCUAACAUCCACGUGCGCUAUGAAGAUCAUGUAACAAAUCCAAACUGCCCUUUGUCAUUUGGAGUGUCACUGAAAAACCUCAGCCUUCAGACAGCUGACGCGAAGUGGAGACCCAGUCUUUUAGAUGAGAAGUCCAAGUUUUUCUUCAAGCUGGUACAACUAGAUAACCUGUUUGCCUACUGGAAUGUUAACUCAGUACUUUUCUCCAGUCACACUUCAGAUCGGGCCCUGCAACAUCUCCAGAGCAGCAUGGACGUCCACUCCUCUCACGACUUCAUUUUUCGCCCCAUUUCAGCUGAUGCAAAACUGCGGAUGAAUCCCAGGUCAGAUGUGGAUUUCUCCUCCCCUAAAGUGGACCUGAUGGUCAAUCUCAGAGAGGUGGCAAUUGAACUCAACAAAGCCCAGUACAUUAGCAUCUUGGAGCUGCUGUGCUCAGUGGAUAUGAUGUCACGUAAUCUGCCAUACAGGAAGUACAGACCCGAGGUCCAUGUUCACAAGAACGCCAAAAUAUGGUGGAAGUAUGUGAUCACAGGCGUCUUGGAGAUAGAUGUGAAGCCAGGUCUCCACAUGUGGUCAUGGCAACACAUUCGCCGACACCGGCAGAUGGUAAAAAGCUACAGAGAGCUCUACAAGACAAAGAUCACCAGCAAGAAACCCAGCGAUGAGGUUCUCAAAGACUUAGAGAAGCCCGAGAAGACUUUGGAUAUUUUUAACAUCACUUUGGCCAGACAGCAGGCUGAAGUGGAGGCAAGUAAAGCAGGCCUGCGUAUUUACCGUCCUGGGAUGAAGAUGGAGGAAGAAGAGUCUCAGGGUUGGAUCAGCUGGAUGUGGAACUGGGGGGCACAGCCUGAUACAGAAAGAAAAGAAGUUAAGACUGGAGGGUUUGAUGAGCUGUUAACCCCUGCUGAGAAAGCCAAACUCUACACUGCCAUUGGAUACAGCGAGACUGCUGCUAAUCCCAACCUGCCAAAGGAUUUUGAGAACAUGAAGGUCAACUUCCACAUGGAGAAACUGUCCGUGUCAAUUAAAGAUGACAAGGACAAAAACGAGAUCAUCAGGCUGACUGUGGGAGAGCUGUACUCCACACUCACACAGAGACCUGGAGCACAAGCCAUCAAAAUCACAGCCAAGCUUACUUUGUUUGAGGUCACUGGCCUCACCAAUAAGCAACCUCCACCAAUUCUCCUUUCAUCAAGGAAGGCAGCCAUAGGAGCAGGGACCCCACUGCUUUGUAUCCUGUUUGAGACCAACCCCCUGGACGAGAGCGCUAACCAGCGGCUUCACGUAGAAUCACAACCCUUGGAAAUCAUCUAUGAUGCUAUAACUGUGAACAGCAUAUCAGCGUUCUUCAGGCCUCCUGAUGACAUGCAGCUGGAUGAGCUCACGAAUGCAACCCUGAUGAAACUGGAGCAGUUUAGAGACCGCACAGCCACUGGUUUACUGUAUGUGAUUGAAACACAGAAGGUUCUCGACCUGAAGGUGAACUUGAUGGCCUCCUACGUGAUCAUUCCACAGACCGGUUUUUACAAUGGCACUCAGAACAUCUUGCUGUUGGAUCUUGGUCAUUUCAAGAUGUCCAGUCAAAGCAGGAAACAUCUACCUCAGCUGUGUGUGAGUUCCAGCAACAUUGAGGACAUCAUGUCCAGAGCUUACGAUAGCUUUGAUGUACAACUUGAAAGCCUACAGUUUCUUUAUAGCAAACCAGAUGGUAACUGGAAAAAGGCCCGCAAACAGAAACAGUCACCCCUCCACAUCCUAGAGCCAGUGGAUCUAAAGGUGGUUUUUAGCAGGGCAAUGAUCAACAAAGACUCCCGCAUGCCAAAAUAUAAGAUGUCUGGAGAGCUUCCUCUGUUGUCUCUUCGUAUUUCUGAUGUAAAACUUCGAAGUGUUCUGGAGCUGGUGGACAGUAUCCCGCUGCCUGAAAGCAAACCUGCUACACGUGGCAAUGCUCCAUCAUCAACUCCAAAGCCUAGGCAGUCUUUCACCCCUCAUCUCACUCCCAGAAAACCUCUGAACUUUGAUCAACGCUCUUCUCUCAUUUUUGAGUCAUGUGAGACCAUCAGCAUCACCUCAUUAGGGUCAGAGGAGGAUCUGUUCUAUGAUGCGCCCAGCUCUCCCAUCGGGGAGAAACCAUUUUUUCCAGACAAUCCCAUGCCGCUGCGCUAUGUCGAUGCAAGCAAAAGAAAAAGUCUCAUCAAGGAAGACGCACAAAAGAACAUGACUGACUUCUUUAUGACAUUUGAGAUCAGUGAGUUUUCUGUUCAGCUCUGUCGUUUGUCUGGAAGUAUGGAGGUUACAGUGCUCCACUUAGAUAUAGAGGGUCUGGGCACUGAGCUGAAGCUGCGCACCUUUGACAUGACGUCUAAUACCUACUUGCGAGAGAUCUGCCUCAAGUGUCCUGAAUACAUGGAUUCUGAAGACAAGCAAGUACAGCUGAUCACUACACUGGACAACAAAGAAGUCGACCUGCUCACUCUGGAGUAUAUCAAAGCUGACAAGAAUGGUCCCGACUUCAAGUCUCAAUAUAAUAACACUGAGCAGCUCAUCAAGGUGACCUUUUCAUCACUGGAUGUUCACCUCCAUACGGAGGCUCUCCUCAAUACCAUGAACUUCCUCAGUAAGCUCCUUCCUGAAUCUAAUAAGAAGGAAGGACAGCAGGAGGAGCUUCCCACUAUCCCUGAGGAAGACGAUGCUGAAGCAGAGAAGGAGGAAGAGAAAAAGGAGGAAACUGCUGUAACCAAGAAAAAACCUUCAAAAAGGUCAAAAUUUGCAGAUGUGGUUAAUCUGCAUAUCAAAACUGAUCUCCGCUGCCUUAAAGUUUUCAUUCGAGGACAGAAGGCCAGGAUCUCAGAGAUCAGUAUUGAAGGUCUGGUUUCCGAGGUCCUGAUGAGGAAGAAGGGGAUGGAGGUUUCGGCCAAAUUGAAGAACAUUGUGAUUCUGGACUGUAACAAAGAAGCUUUUUACAAAAAGGCUGUGUCCAUAGCAGAUAAGGAAGUGUUUCACUUCCACAUGGUAAACUAUACAGAUGCGACUGAAGGAGAUGCCUAUCUGGACAUGUCUAACGUUGACACUACUGUUACACUAAGUGUGGGCUGCAUUCAGGUCAUCUUCCUCAACAAGUUUCUCUCAUCUAUACUGGAGUUUGUCAAUAACUUCCAGGAGGCUAAAGAGGCACUAACUGAGGUAACAGUUCAGGCUGCAGAAAAAGCAGCAUCAGGCGUGAAAGAACUGGCUGAACGGACCACUCGGAUCGCUCUUGAUGUCCACUUCAAUGCACCCAUCAUCUUCCUCCCCCAGUCCUCCUCUUCAUCAAAUGGCAUUGUAGCUGACCUUGGUCUGCUUUCUAUCAAAAAUCGUUUUGCCAAGCAACCCUGUAAAUCAGAUGCCAGCAUCCCACCUGUUGUGGAUAUAAUGACUGUGAGACUGACUGACCUUAAGAUGUUCAGAGCCAAAUUUAAAAAUGAACGUUUUGAAGAAGAGAUCCAACUGCUGAAGCCAGUGAGCCUAGACUUGGAAAUCCGUAGAAAUCUAUCUUCCAGCUGGUACCACGAAAUACCUGAGAUAGAUAUUGGGGUCCAUCUAAAGCCCAUGAGUCUGCUCCUAUGCCAGAAUGACAUGAUCAUUGUCCUGAGGACUCUGAAUGAGAACCUGUCAGAGAAGUCUGAUGCUGGUCCACCUCCAGCUGCUCUGCCUGCCACUGACCCGUCCUCUGACUCUGUAUCCAACAAAGACUCCCAGGAGUCUGGCACCACUGGACCACCCAGCAGUAACACAGUGGUGACAGCUGCUGUUGUAGAGACACAGAAAAACAGCAAGCUGAGAAAGAACACGCUGAAAUUAAACUUCAAGUUUGACUCACUGACUGUGGUUCUGUACAGCUCCAAUGAGGAUAAGCAGUUAGAACCACAACGUGAGCUGUCAGGUCCACAUCAUGACCAGUCACACCCACAACAUGAGCCGUCAGACCCACAUGAUGAGCAGCUGAAGCUAGCAGAAUUUACUCUGGGCACCAUCUCCACCUCUGUCCACAUGUACUCCGACAGCUCCAUGAAGGCCUCAGUACAACUUGCUGAAUGCCUUCUAGACGACAAGAGGCCAAAAGCCAAAAGUAUCACCCCAAGGAUGAUGGCAAUGUGUCCUGGUGCAGAACAGAACAACAUGGUGGAAGUGAGCUAUCGUCAAACCCGUGAAGGCACCACUUUAGAUACAGUGGUGCAGGAUGUGUAUCUAUGUGCAAGCAUGGAAUUUCUGCUCACGGUGGCCGAUAUCUUCCUUAAGGCCACCCAGCAGGGUUUUGCCCAAGUGCCACAACCCAAGAACAGUACUGGUGCUGGCGAUAAGAAGAACAUUAACUCAUCGGUCACAUCUAAAGAGUCUGCUACAGCUACAGCCACGGUAACAAAGACUGAAAUGAAUGUUGUGGUGCGAAACCCAGAGAUUGUAUUUGUAGCUGACCUGACUCGUGAUGACGCCCCAGCUCUGGUGAUGACCACAUAUUGUGAACUCGUAAUGAAAAAUGGUGCUGAAGGAUCACGGACGACUGCUGUUAUCAAGGACCUCAAGGUUGUUGCCUGUCCAUUCUUAAGACAAAAGAGGAGAAACAAUGUGACUACAGUGCUUCAGCCAUGUCAGGUGUACUUCGAAAGUACUCAGUCUCCAACCUCCCCUCAGGCUAUGGAGGUCACCAUCAAUGCUCUCUCACUUAAGGUAUCUCCAGUCAUAAUCAACACCGUGAUUACUAUCCAGUCAGCACUCACUCCAACAGCAGAGACCCCUGAGAAGCUGGACAGCCCUGUUGCUGUGAACCUGUGGGAUAAGCAGAGUUGGAAGGAGCUCAAACUCUGGUUCCUAGAAGAAGAUGACGAUGAAGACACCAAAUUAGUGACCUGCUUAAUACCACAGGGAGAGUCCCUAAAGGUGAACAUCAGAUCAAUCUGUGUGACUCUGGAGGCUGGAGUGGGACAUCGCACCAUCCCCAUGCUUCUGGCAAAGUCCUCCUUCAAGGGAGAUGUGGAGAACUGGUCCACGCUCAUUAACUUAUACAGUCAGCUUACCCUAGAGGUUCACUAUUAUAAUGAAGUGAUGGGAGUGUGGGAGCCACUGCUGGAGCCCUUAGAAGAUGAGACAAGAGAUGGUUUCAGACCAUGGGUGCUGAAACUGAAGAUGAAAAAGAAACCUGUGAAGUACACAGAAAUGUCAGAUGAAGUGGAUUCCAAUAUCCCAGACUACAAGACAGUCAUUGUCAUCGACAGUAAAGAUCAGCUCAACAUCACACUUUCCAAAUGUGGACUGGCUAUGCUGAGUAACCUGGGCACUGCAUUUGCUGAAGCUGCCAAACAGACAGCAGAGUGUUUUCAAAAGGAUGAAGCUCCAUUUGUAGUCAAAAACCGUCUUGGCCUACCAGUUUCUGUGCGCUACAGUGAGAUGUUUUGUCCUGUUGGACAGCAGAGUAUCGCUAACACUGUGAAGCUGCAGAAUGGCGAAUCCCUCGGAAUGGACUAUUCAACCACAACAGACACUGAUCAUUUCUCAGCAAUGACCUCUUUGAGUGGAAAAGACUAUUACAUACAGCCUACUCCAGAUGGUCACACCUCAGCCAGUGUGAUCCCUUUGAUCAAAGUGGGCCGUGGAAUGUACAGUGUAAUGCACAACAACUCAGGAGUCACUCGUUUCCUGGUCUGUCAGAUUUCCUCUGUAGAAGGCAGCAAGUACAUCAAGAUCCGCUCUCCUUUCCAGCUCAUCAAUCAUUUCUCAAUACCAUUCAACGUUUUUGAAGGACCAACCCUUCUGGGUACUGCCCUCCCUGCCGAGGAGUUCUGUGUGCCUCUGGACUCGUAUAGGUCUGAGCUGAGCCUUCAGCCAGUAAUAGAGAGCACAGAUGAUAGUCAGGGUGAGCAGUAUGAUUGCUCAGAAGGCUUCAGUUACGAGGACGUUAACAACCUGGAGCCUGAGAAACGCCUACAGCAAAUCUGCCGUCGCCGUGGAAACCAAGGUGGUGUGAUGACCAUCAACAUUGUGCCAUUAAAAGAUGCAGUGACGUGCAAAGAGACCGGAGAUGUUGGGGAGAAUUUUGACGUGCCCUUCGUGCUUCACUUGUGGCCUUCCAUCCUGCUACGCAACCUUCUGCCUUACACCAUCACCUACAGUCUAAAGAACAGUGGAAUCUCUGCACCUGAGGCUACUUUGGACCCUGGUCACUCUGCUCAGCUUCACACUGGAGUCAUCAACCAGUCAAGUCUUGAUCUUCGCUUGAUUGAGUACUUGGCUCAGGAUUGGUCUUCUGUAUAUAGACUCAACAGUGAUCAGGAAGAGAUCACCUUCAUUGUGUUCAAGUCUCUAAGAGAGGAUGCAGACGAAGAUGGAGAUGCAGUGGAGAGGAAGAGGGCUGAGCUGGAUAUAGCAGUUCAUGUUAAAUAUGAUCUGGGGCAGAUGGUGGUUGCUAUCCAUUCACCGUACUGGAUGAUAAAUAAGACGGACAGGUUGUUGCAGUACAAGGCUGAUGACAUUCACCGCAAACAUCCCAUGGACUACAAGAUGCCGUUGCUCUUUUCAUUCAAGCCUCGGUACUUCUUGCGAAACAAUAAGGUUCGUCUUAUGAUCUCAGAAAGUGAACUAUCUGAUGAAUUCUCUCUGGACACAGUUGGGAGCCACGGGGAUGUGAAAUGCAAAGGCAGAUUCAAAGAUUAUCUGGUCGGUGUGAAGAUCGAUGCAAGCAGUUUCAGUCUGACCCGCAUUGUGACCUUUGUGCCCUUCUACAUGCUGGUCAACAGAACUAAGCACAGUGUGUUCAUAUGCGAAGACGGGCAAGAAACUUGGACUGAGGCAAAACCAGAAGAGUCAGCCAUCCCUUUCUGGCCUGAGAGUGACACUAAGAAGCUUAAAAUUAAAGUAGAAGCUUCCUUAUCGCCUCCAGUGACUAUCGACUUCAAACGACCAGAGAACUGCUUAUUGCUACAUCUGGACAACAAAGCGGGUGGGAUUAUAGUAGACAUGAAUCUGUCGGAACACUCGGCCACUAUUCAAUUUUCUGACUACCAUGAUGGCGCAGCCCCUUUCCUCAUCAUCAACCACACUAAAAAUCAGACUCUUCAGUUCCAUCAGAGUGUCCGGACAGAAUCCUCGUGGGUGGCUGACGAGAUACUUGACCUCUCCUUCUCAGUGGAGGAGGACAGCUCUCAGAAAAAGGCGGAGCAUGAGGAGCUGGAGGCUGGGAAAGCUGUGUACUACACCUGGACUGAGCCCACUGGGUCACGAGCGCUCUCCUGGAAAUGUAGCACUUACUCUGGGACACUAAAGAGUGAAGAGGACCUGCGAGAGGACGUAAACAAGGAGGGCAAACUUUUUGUGAUUUCCUUUUAUGAAGGUCUCCAGCGUGUUGUGCUGUUCACUGAGGAGCGACGGGUCUUCAAGAUGCUCUGUGACAAUGAGAAGGUGCAGGUUGCUCAACAGGAAAUCAUCCUGACACUACGGCAUGUGGGCCUAUCGCUGGUGAACAACAGCACCAACCAAGAGGUUGCCUUCAUUGGGAUCACAAGCUCUGAUGUUGUGUGGGAAUUCAAACCUAAGAAGAAGAGUCGAUGGAAGCCUCUGACCAUAAAAGAAGCUGAAAUUAUGGAGGACAAGUUCAAAGACUACCAGGAAUCUGGGGCCGUAGACAAGGCAAUUUUCGAUCUGGAAAACGGCUUUCAGGUGUUCUUUAAUCCCACUGGCCAGGACAUGCAGAUAAUGAAGCCAUGUGAUGCUCCUCUUAGGAGGCACUUCUUGCCGGGUGUGAAGGUGGAGUACAGCAUUUCACCACGACAGAGCUCCUAUCGUAUCCAAGUUCACCGGAUACAGAUCCAGAAUCAGCUACCUGGGGCCAUCUUCCCUUACGUUUUUUACCCCGUGAAACUGCCAAAGUCUGUCGCCAUGGAGACAGAACCCAAACCUCUAACUGAUAUCAGCAUUGUUACCCGAGCAGCGGGGCACUCUGACAUCUCACGCAUCAAGUACUUUGUGGUUUUAAUUCAGGAGAUGGAUCUAAAACUUGAUCUGGGCUUCCUGUACGCCAUCCUGGAGCUGUUCUCCCUAGAGAACGACAGCAUAACGAGCGCAGAACAGGAGGUGGAACUGUUUGAAAAGGACAUAACGAACAUAAAGACAGAACUGAACCAUGUCUCUGCUGCUGACAAAUCUCCCAUCAGCCUCUACGAGUACUUCCACAUUUCCCCCAUUAAGCUGCACCUGAGUUUCUCUCUGAGCACAGGUGGAGAGGAUGGCUUGAAGCAGAAGAGAGAUUCGGAACUGAUCCCUGUGCAGUCGCUAAAUCUGUUGCUAAAGAGUAUCGGCGCGACGCUCACUGAUGUGCAGGAUGUUGUCUUCAAGCUGGCCUUUUUUGAAUUGACCUACCAGUUCUACACCACUCAGCAGCUCCAGUGGGAGGUCCUCAGACAUUAUUCUAAGCAGGCUAUUAAGCAGAUGUAUGUGCUGGUGCUGGGCCUCGAUGUUCUUGGAAACCCAUUUGGACUGAUCAGAGGAUUGUCAGAAGGGGUGGAGGCUUUCUUUUAUGAGCCCUAUCAGGGAGCCAUCCAGGGCCCUGAGGAGUUUGUUGAAGGAAUGGCUCUUGGGGUUAAGGCGCUGGUGGGAGGAGCUGUAGGCGGUAUUGCAGGUGCAGCCUCCAGGAUAACAGGUGCCAUGGCAAAGGGUGUCGCAGCGAUGACAAUGGAUGAAGAGUACCAGCAGAAGAGACGAGAAGCUAUGAACAAACAGCCCAGCGGUCUGAGAGAGGGGCUGACCAGGGGUGGAAAAGGACUGGUGUCUGGAUUUGUCAGUGGGAUCACAGGGAUCGUUACCAAACCUAUUAAAGGGGCCCAGAAAGAGGGGGCAGCGGGCUUUUUUAAAGGUGUUGGAAAAGGUUUGGUUGGUGCAGUAGCUCGACCAACAGGAGGCAUUAUUGACAUGGCCAGCAGCACUUUCCAAGGGAUCAAGAGGGCAGCAGAGACUUCACAAGAUGUUCAGUCUCUACGUCCUCCUCGCUUCAUCCACGAGGAUGGUGUCAUACGACCAUAUAAGGAGCUGGAAGGCCUCGGCAGUCAGAUGCUUCAGAAAAUUGAGAAUGGACGUUUUGCCAGCUACAGGUACUUUGCUCAUGCUAAAGUCAAUGAAUCUGACUUCCUCAUGAUCACCAAGAGGGGAAUAUUUUUUGUGACCAAAGGCACUUUUGGUCAGCUGACCUGUGAGUGGCAGUAUCUGUUUGAAGAGUUCACCAAGGAUCCAACCAUUAUAGAGGACCGCCGACUUCGCAUUGAGGCCAAGGAGAGAGUGAAGUCAGUCUUUCAUGCCAAAGAGUUUGGGAAGAUAAUAAACUUCAAAACUCCAGAGAUAGCCAAAUGGGUUCUCACCAAAUUGGAGGAUGCAAGAGAGAGUUUACCCAAGUACUGACUCUGAAGAUCGAGAAAUGCUAAACACACGAGCUCUGUGUGUGCCAGUGCCUUUUUUUCUUUACUGCA